CUAAUGCACAAAAUAAAAAAUCAAAUGCUGAAAACUCAACUGCAAAAAAAUAUAGAUGUGUGAGUUCUAGUAAAAAGAAAUCCAAAAAAGUUAUUACAAUUUCUGAUUCAGAGGAUAAUUGCGAUGAUGAUGAAAAUGGCAAGGAAAAUAAUCCUACAAAUUUAAAUUUCAAUGAACUUGAAUAUCAAAAAAAAAAUUAG